GGCUCACAAAGAUUCGCCCUACGAGCAGCUCACAUGAAGCUGGAGCCGGAGGAGGGCGUGUCCGCUGAGGAGCUGUUGUGGGAAAGCCAGCAAUAACAGAACAGGUUUGGCUGCAAAGUUAUCCCUGCCUGCCUGCAUCUGCAACACCUGCUGCUCCGUUAGUCCCGGCCCCAGGACCAGGGCGCCUCGCUUGUAAACACGGGAAGCGGAAUUGGCUGGCAUGGCUGCGACCGCCACUCAGUCCCUGGGAAGUCUGCCCACCGGACUCGGGGUUUGUGUCACGGCACCGGAUAUGUUCUACUUGCCCGAACUGGUGACGGGCGGGCUGGUGUGGAUCCUGGUGGCCUCCACCCGCGUGCUGCCUCCCAAUCCUCUGGGCUGGGUGAUGUUUGUCUCCCUCUUCUGCUUCUCCACCACCCUCCUCUGGAUGCUCCUCUUCAUCGCCGGCUGUCACCACAGCAGCUCCACCUGGGCCGCCGCUGACUUUGUCUAUCACGCUGUGGCCACCUUGUUCUACCUGAGUGCUGCAGUGUCUCUGGCCUACAUCACCUUCUUGAUGAAGUUAGAAUCCUUCAGGAUCUACAAGAUUGACAUCGCUGCUGUGGUGUUUGCAUUCACGGCCACACUCCUUUACUUCAUUCACGCCAUUUUGUCCUCUCUCAGAUGGAAACACUUCUGAAAAACAUUUGGUGCAAUAUAUUUAAUAUGCAUUUGUAUGUCAGCCUUUUAAAGUCUUUUCUAUGAUCUUCAGAACAAAUUUGAAUGUUUUUGUUUCGAGGCCCAAUGAGAACGAAACCAUUCAAAAGUUAAGUAAAAUAAAGAUUUUUGCCUUGAAGUAAAAAAAAUCUUAUUUUACAUUUGCCAUUUUUUUGUACAGUAAAUUUUUUUAUUAUUAUAAAAUAACCAACAUUGGAUUUUAUCCAUAUUUUUUUUCGCCUUUCCAGACAUUUACUGCAAAUGUUUUUUUCUUCUUCCAUGUCACUCUGAAAAUGUAACUUUUUUGUAUCCUGUGAAUUAGAAAUCUUAGAAACAGGAAAUUAGUGCUUUUUACGUGUUUUGACAAUGAUGAAGUGGCGUGUGAAAUAUUUUAAGUGUUUUGACAAUGAUGAAGUGGUUUGUGAAAGAUCAGUAAAGACAUUAAAUUCACUGUAAGAUGAA